CGUGUGUGCGUGGUGACGCGCGUCGCGGCGGUGCGGGUCCCGAUUGCUGCAGCCGCUUGUCAGUGUGACGAAGAUUGGCACUCAGGGAAGAAAAAUGGAGGCUUCUCUGCUUGUUGCUGAAAAUGCAUAUGAAAAUAAGCAAAGGAAGAUAAACCUGACCACCAGAAAUUCUUCAGGUAUGAUGAUUUGACUUUAUAAGAACCCUAAGUAACCAUGAUGGCAACGCAGACAUUAAGUAUAGACAACUAUCAAGAUGGGCAACAACAGAUGCAAGUAGUAACAGAAUUAAAAACUGAGCAGGAUCCAAACUGCUUGGAAGCAGAUGCAGGAGGAUUGAGUCCUUCCCCGGUAGAGUCCCAGACUCCGAUGGAUGCAGAUAAGCAGGCUAUUUACAGACAUCCACUGUUCCCCUUAUUAGCACUAUUAUUUGAAAAAUGUGAACAAUCCACACAAGGAUCAGAAGGCACAACGUCUGCAAGUUUUGAUGUAGAUAUUGAAAACUUUGUUAGGAAGCAGGAGAAGGAAGGAAAACCAUUUUUUUGUGAAGAUCCAGAAACAGAUAAUCUAAUGGUAAAGGCAAUUCAGGUUCUACGAAUUCAUCUGCUUGAGCUAGAAAAAGUUAAUGAGCUCUGUAAGGAUUUCUGUAGUCGCUAUAUUGCCUGUCUGAAAACAAAAAUGAACAGUGAAACUCUGCUAAGUGGAGAAUCUGGGAGUCCUUAUUCACCUGUACAACCCCAGUCCAGCAACUUUAAACAUGAUAGAGAUAGCUUGGAUUUGCUGGAGCAGCUGUCUUCAUGGAAAGAGUCACCAGAAAAUCCAAUUCAAAGUGCCAUCACAGGUACGCUCAGUCCCCAGGGGAUUAUGGUACCUGCAUCAGCCUUGCAGCAGGGAAAUGUAACUAUGGCAACCGUUGCAGGUGGUACGGUGUAUCAGCCAGUGACUGUGGUCACACCUCAAGGUCAAGUAGUGACACAAGCUUUGUCACCUGGAACCAUCAGGAUCCAGAAUUCACAGCUCCAGUUACAAUUAAACCAAGAUUUAAGCAUCUUGCAUCAAGAUGACGGGUCAUCAAAAAAUAAAAGAGGAGUUCUUCCAAAGCAUGCUACAAAUGUGAUGAGGUCUUGGCUUUUUCAGCACAUAGGGCAUCCAUAUCCAACAGAGGAUGAGAAAAAACAGAUAGCAGCACAAACCAAUCUGACAUUACUUCAGGUUAACAACUGGUUUAUCAAUGCUAGAAGACGAAUUCUUCAGCCAAUGUUGGACUCCAGCUGUUCUGAAACUCCAAAAACAAAGAAGAAAACAGCUCAAAACCGACCAGUUCAAAGGUUCUGGCCAGACUCCAUUGCAUCAGGAGUAGCUCAGCAUCAAUCAAAUGAACUUACAAUGUCAGAUGGAGCCGUUGUAACAAUUACAGCCCCAGUCAACAUGAAUGUAGACAGUCUGCAAUCUCUUUCGUCUGAUGGUACUACUUUGGCUGUUCAACAAGUCAUGAUGGCAGGGCAAAGUGAGGAUGAAUCUGUGGACAGCACUGAAGAUGACGGAGCAGACCUCUCAACCACAAACAUCAGUGGGCUGGUCUUGGAUAACAGUGAUUCUCUGCAAUAGGAAGCAAGAGAAUCUGGCCUAAAUAUAUAGGAAAACAAUAGACUGACUGACUUUUUAUAGUUUGCACAGCAAACAUUUUACACAAGUUUUAUUUCUAAUAUGUUUUAUAUGUAGAUAUAGAAGAGUGCACUUUUUGUAUUUCAUAGUCGGCUUAAAGAGUGUCUUUACAGGUGCAGCAACUUCUUUCAAAUGUGUUGUUUUUGGUUUUGGUUUUGAAAUUCUAGUAAUUUAAGAGAGAGAGAAAAAACAUAAUCACCCCAUUAUUUUCUCAGGGUAAUUUUUUCACUCACAAAAUUGAUCCCAGAUUCCCCUAAUAAGGGAAUGGGGGGGGGGUCAUGGGACUGCAGUCCUGGGGGAAAGAUGAUGGAUGCCUCGCGGGUGAGUUAAUUUUACAUUAGCAUGGGUUUAAAUAUAUACCCAUCACACAAUCAUCAUCUUACUCAAUGGUUGCUGUUGUCUAUCAUCCUCUCUGCUGCAGUUUUGUGACAUAUGAAUUGCCCUGGUGGGAGAAUUUGAAAGUACUUCAGUCUCCUGGAGAGUUAUGCAAUUAGUCCUGUCAUUUUAAGAUUACUCUAGGUGGUUUAACAAUGUAAAUGUGAAGCAUGUCAGACUAGUGUUUGGGAUUUGUUUAUGAAGUUAGCCAUGUAGAUUUGAAAGAUGCUUCUGCACCUUAAAAAAAACCUGCCAGUCUGAAAUGGGCAACAAAACACAUAAAAGAAAGUGGAAACGUGUGAGUCAGUAACAAAUGUAUGGCAUUUAAAAUGAACUUAAUUUCUCAUUUAGUUGUUUGGUGGAAACCCUAGAUUCCCCCUGUACCUUUGAAUUUUGUCAGUGACACAGCUGCUACUUGUCGUUUUAUCCACCUGCCCUGUGGCAUGCUGGAAUCCUACUUGAAAUAUGUGGGGUUGCGAUGGCGGGGAGGGCAACAAAGGAAGUGGAAUGGGCAAAAGAAGCAGUGAGUGUCCCAAUUUAUUAGUAGAUUUAAUGGUACAAGGGGGAUUUCUGGAUUGCAACUUAGCAGCUCUACUCAUAGCUAGUGAGUCUGUUCAUAAUUUGCUAUAAAACACUUAUUUUUACCUUAUCAGGUUAUCGGAGUAAAAUAUUUUUAUAAAUUCUCUAAGAAUUGGGAUGAUGACUGUAUUGAGCAUGAGAAAAAUGUUUAGUACUCCUAUUUGGAAGGUUAUGAAACAGUCCAAAUUGAAUAAACAUGCCUAUGUCAUAUUCUAUGGAUCUCUGCUAUCCCAUAGUAGCACAGCCUAUUGUGGCAUAAAGUGGUGAUGUGAGAAGCACCCAGUCCCUAAUGGGGUCUUGGUUAUUGUUUAGCAUUGAUUUGUGUUCCGUAUAAACUAAUGUUACAUUUCAGUCUAUAUCGAAACCUGUUUCUCAAGCGAAUUGAUAAAUCGGUAUGCAUAGGGAGUAAAAACCCACAAUCUUGCCUUAUAAUCAAGAUAAAAUCUAUAGCAGUACACACUUCGUACCUGUUGACAGAACAUGGAUAUUAGCCUCUGAACUGCGAUACAUCUUUCCCCCAGACUAUUGCCACUUCUCAAUUGUUGUUUUUAUAGCCAAUGUAUGUGAUAAGGUUAAGAUAAAAAUGAAUUUCUCAAGCACAACCUUACUUGCACAAUCUCAACAAUGCUUCAACAUACUAACUAUACCAUUCAGCACUCAAAAAUAGUGAUGAUAAAUUAGCCUUCACCAUAAAUGUCAUUAGCUCCCCAUCCCAUACCUCUUGAGUUUGUUUAUAGUCUUGUGUGUACUGCCGCUGACACUACUGGGAGUUGGUAUUUUCCCAUUGCUUGCCUUAGAUAAUAGGCCCUGGGGACUUGGUUAGCUAUUUGGAGGAACUGGGUGAUGUUAUCUGCACCAACAAAAUCCAGAUUUAUCUCUAGCUGAAUGUGAUAAAUUAACUUGGUUGGAAGUCCUGAUUCAACGAAGCCUUCAAAGAAUUUGUUUCCCUGGGGUUUUGGGGUGGGCUUUAAAAAGAGUUGGUACCUCUUCACUAGCCCUAUUUUCCUGUAUAGGUAAGUCUGAAGUUGGGAAGAACAAAUCACAUUUUUAUUGUGUUACCUCUAGGCUAUAUCAGACCCAAUCCAAAUGUUAUGGUGACAGCAUGGCUCUAUCUACUUGAUAGAGGUUCUUUUACGAUCCAUAAUCAAUUUCCCACAAACAUGGCCUGGGUGAGUGAUGUCUCUACGCCAUCAUUAUUUGCCUGUCCAGGUAGCUUAGCACUGGUAUAGACAGCACAAGAUCUGAGAUGUUAUGUUAACCAGCCCCUACUAUACAGAAGUGUUGUUUUUUUCAUUGACAACCACACUACUACAAUUAAUGCUCAACUAGACCCACUUUACAGAGUACAUGUCUUAUUUUUAUCUCAUAUUCCAUAGGUACUCUCCUGAUCACCAGAUAAGCAAGGCAGCAGACAGAGGUUGACAAGAGUGCUGUGAUCUCCAUAGCCUCACAAGGGGAGGAAAAAUACAGCCUUAGAAAGCUACGAAUGCAAAGCAAGGAGACAGCCGAGAGAUGACAACCUUAGAUAAAGAAUGUACUGAAACACUUUGCAUAAAGCCUAGAUAGACACCACACUCACUUUUACAGUUGUGUGAAAGUUGGGUUAACCCAUUAUUUCUUUUUCAUGCUUUUUGAAAUUUUCUGAACAGUGUUAAGAUGUGAAAAAAUGUUUACAAGAGGUUUGUUUGAGGAAACAUUAGUAUAAUGUAGCAAGUUUAUAUAGGAAUAAUACCAUUAAAACCACAACAUUUAAACACCACCACUGAAAGAGCUAAUGAAAUGCAACGAACAAUUGUGCAUCUAAACGUACCAUAACUCAAUGGUAGUCUGUUCAUUGUGUUUUAUUGGCUUUAAAAUAGUUACCUAGGAUAGCACCCUUUCUUGACUUUUUUCGGUAGCACUUCAUACAACCCCCCUUUUUUUUCUUAUACAAAAACAUUUCCCUGUUUUAGCUGCAUAUUUCCACACUGUCUGAUAUUAGAAAGUGUUAGCAAGUGAUAGACCCAAAGCAACAUUUUCUUUUCAUUUGUAAAACGCCUAGACUCGAAAUGCUUGUGAUGUAAUUCAGAGCAAAAACAGGCUUUCUGAAAGUGUAAAGGGGAUUUGGGGCAAAGGCAUGUCGAAUGGAGUACCCAAGACAUAUUUGCAGGUGGUAGAUUGUGGCCAUUUUAAGUAAAAGACAGAGGGCAGUUGCAGCUCACACUUGGAUCUGCUCUCACCCUUUUGGGUUUUUUCCCCCAAUUUCGGCUGUAGGGAUUAAAACCACUGUGAUGGGCUACCUGCAUGCAAACAGUUUACUGCGCAAAGUAUUUUCCACAUGACAUGAGAUUAUAUUGGCUGCUGUAUGCCCUUUUAAAAUACAAAUCAGCCAAAUGCUGUUGAAUUUCAAAGAGAGGCCUCCCCUGUAAGCUGGCUUAUUUAACAAAAGGAAACCAAACCAUUCUUCAUUUAUUUCAUAGCCUCUGAAGUAUAUAUUUUAAUGUUAAAUUCAUUUGCACAUGUCUUUUCUCACAGCCAUGGUUAACAGAUCUAGAAAUCUCAAAAUUGGAGCAUGCCAGCUAGUAACUAAUAUGCUGUGACUUCUGUGAAGACAAAACAAUCCCACAUUAAGCAAAUCAUCAGUAUCUUUGGGAUGGAUAUCAGUUUGAUGGUUCUGGGUUUGGACUCCAACUUUCUGCUGAGUUCUGGACAUGGGUCUUCUACCCUUCAGCACAAGCAAAUUCUUGAUAUACCUGAAACUGGGAGGUGGCAAAUGCUCUGCCUUUCUUUGCUGAGUUGUGUUUUUGUUUAGUUUCAUUGCAGUUGGUUCGAACAGUUAUAACAUCACUGAGCUAGAAAUUGCAGCUCUGCCCAGAUACCGUGAAACUUUCUCUUAUCCACAGAAAUGUUUGGAAAAGCAUUGCUGGACUUAAGAAGAAUUUAAACUCUUCAAAACUUGAUAUCCAAAUACAUGCGAGCGAAGUAAUCAUUUUCAAUCAUCGCAUUAGAUGAAUGAGUGUAGUUUAUUUUGAUGUGUCUUAUAAUGGUGCUAUUAUUUAUGACUGGUGUAUGUAUUGGCAUCCUUCUCCUGAGAUGGUAGACUGAUCCACCAAAACAGAAUGGUAUUCUAGUUUUACUCAAAGUCAAACUUUAUGAAAUGAAUGGACCUACCUUAGUCAUCAUGUCCUUACCUUCAACAGGUCUCCUUUGAGUAAAACUCAGUUGAAUGCCACGCACGGUUAAUAAAAAUAAACUCUGCAGUAGGUGUCCAGAACUAGCUGUAUGCUUGCUAUACCAUUAAUGUGCAAAAAACAGGGCAGAAGGCUUGAGCUGUGUUUUUGGGAUAGCACUGUAGUCCGGCCAUGUAUGGUCAAAAGGACAUGUUAAAAAAAUUCUUGUAGUACAAGAGAAAGGUACAGAAGAUGUUUUGGGAUUUCCAGUUCAACUGUAGGAAAGUUAGUAUCAUUUUAAUGAGGUAGUAUCUCUACAAAGGAACCCAGAAGUGGACCACUAAUCCAGGAUUCAUGAUGAGAUUCAGGCUGCAUCAGCCAAUCAUGGUGUGUUCAAUUACAUGUAUCACAUUUGGUAGAAAUGUGCUAAGCAUCCAUUUCUCAAUACUUAAUGUGCUUUACUUUCUCUUUGAAACAUAUUGGAUGUUACUGAUGAUUGGAAUGCCAUUACAAGUGGAAGUAGAUUGUGUUUACCAAACCCAAAUUACAUUUUCUUAAACUUGUUUAACAUUUUGAGGAGACUUUUGCUUCAGUGACAACUAGAAAAGGCUUUUGACUGUGUGUGUGGUUCCAACUCAUUCAUAUGCCUACUCCUUUGGAUUGUGGCUAUUAUAUAGGUCAAUGACAACUGCUUUUACAAGGGCAUGUCUGCCUGUGAUAACAACAUUAUACAAAGUAGACUCUUUAUAGCAUAUUUAAAUAUUGGUUUGUUGAUGCAGGAAAUACAAAGGAAAGCACGCUAGACUUUGAGGUCCAUAACCUACGCAGGAUGAAUGAUUAUGGGUUUUGUCUGCAAAAUAAGUCAUUGGAGCCCCAUUUCUAAAAAAGGUUAUAGUAUCUAAUCCUUAUGUUUUGGGUACUUGCCAUUUGUUAGAGUCUGUGUAUUUUGGCAGAGAGAAAAAACAUGACUUCAGUUGUAUCAGGAAAUAUUUUAUCUUCAUAAUUGACAAUCUUUAAAAUCUAAACUCUGAUAAACUUAGUUGUUCAGUUUGUUUUAUCAUUUAAUGAAAUAUUUGAACCAGCAUGGCAAAAUAAUUAUGAUUCAUCAAUGUGUUUUACAUGAAACCUCUGAACUCAAAGCAUGAUUUCUUCACUUUGUGUUUUAAAAGUAAAGUUUCACAUUGCUUUAA